GGGACAGAGUGAGCUCGGCCCGGGGACAAUUCAGUACGUGGUGGGGGAAUAAAGUGGGACCGGGACCGAGGUCUGGGAGGAAAUAUCUCGGUGAAGGGCUGUUCCAACAUUGCCGUUCCCGCGCAGCGUUGCCGGGAUGUGGCGCUGAUCCCGGUGCCCCAUGGCCGCGCACCUGGUUCGCCGCUGCUGCCGGCGGCUGCUGCUGCUGCCGGCCCCGAGCAGGGCUCCCCCGGGCCCCGCCCUGCGCACCUGCCCGCCCAGCUGGGCUGAGGGGCCACAGGCGCGGCCGCACGAAGACGGCGCGGAGCAGCAGCUCAGGGAGCUGAUCCAGGGAGCGUCCAAUGCCCAGGAGCUGCUGCAGGUGAGCGGAGGGCCGGCGCUGAACAGCAACCUGGCGGCACUGGCCAUCGCCCGCCUCGCCCGCCUCACCUCCGAGCAGCGCCUGGACGCCAAGAGCAUCCGCAGGGAUCCGCGCUUCCAGCAGCUCCUGGACACCGUGGAUGCGCAGAUUUCCCAGGUGUGGAACACGCCGCUGGUGCAGCUGCUGCGGAGCCUGCCGGUGCUGGGGCUGGAGCGGGGCGGGCGCCAGGCGCGCUCGGUGGAGCAGGAGGUGCUGUGGCGGCUGCGGCGCCUGCCCCUGCGGCAGCUGGUGCACCUGGCUGAGCACCUGGCGGGGCAGGGCCACGACAGCCUCCUGCUGCCCGAGGUGCUGCGCAAGCUGGAGCUGCGCUGGACUGAGCUGGACGGGACCCGCACUGUGGUGACGCUCAUGGCCAAGGUGGGACACCUGUCCCCCACCCUCAUGGAGCGCCUGGAGGACAAGGCCCUGGAGCUGGCAGAGCAGUUCGAUGCCGAUGAGCUGCGGCGGGUGGCGCUGGCACUGGCGCUGCAGCAGCGCCGCUGUGUGCCCCUGCUGCGGGCCCUGUCCUACCAUCUGCUGCAGAAACCUGCGGAGCUGCCCCUGCCCGUGCUCACAGACCUGCUCUUUGCCUACAGUAAGCUGAAUUUCCAGCAGCCGCAGGUGCUGCACCGCCUGUCCCUGGAGCUGCAGCCUCACCUGRGCGCCCUGAGCCCGGCUCAGGUGUCACGCUGUGCCCGCUCCUUUGCCGGCCUGCGCUGGCUCAGCCAGCCCCUCGCUGAGGCCAUCGCUCAGUAUUCCCUGGAUAACACGCAGAAGCUGUCCAUCCCCCACCUGUGCGGGAUCCUCGUGUCCUUCGCCCACCUCAACUUCCAGCCCAGCUCCAGCGAGGAAUUCUUCUCAAUGAUCCACGAGCGGCUGCAGGGGCAGGAGCAGCAGCUGGACACGCACCUGCUGACGGACGUGGUGUGGUCACUGUGCGUCCUGCAGCAGGCCCAGCCCCSACACCUGCGCCAGGUGCUGUCACCCGAGUUCCACACCCGCCUCCGAGGUGACACCUCCCCGCGGGCACAGAGCUCGUGGCUGAAGCUGCUGCACAUCAAUGCCACGGCCUGCCUGGAGGCCCCGGGCUACGAGGGGCCCUUCCUGCCCCCUGAGGCACUUGGCGGGGACAGGGACAAGGAGAAGGACAAGGACAAGGCCACCCCUCUGCAGCGGGGACUGCGGGAGGCACUGCUGGGGGCACUGGGGGGCCAGAACGUCGCCCAGUUUGAUGUGAGCACCGUGUAUGGCUGGGACAUYGAUGCUGAGGUGGUAAUGGACAGUGACAACAAACCUCUGCCCGUGAGGGACUUCGCUGCCCCCCACUUGUCCCACUGCGAGGGGACAAAGCCACUGCCACCUGGGGCCAGGAGGGUGGCCGUGCUGCGCUGGGAGUUCCCGCAGUUCAGCUCGAGGGGCCGGGAGCUGCUGGGCCGGGGCUCCAUGGCCCGCAGGCACCUGCGAGCGGCYGGCUUCCUGCUGGUGGAGGUGCCCCACUACGAGUUCCUGGAGCUGAAGCUGGAGCGGCAGCGCGUAGCCUACCUGAAGGACAGGGUGGCCAAGGCCCUGGCCACUGACACGGCCACUGACACGGCCACCUAACCCAUGUGGGUUUCUCACCUGACCCAGAUGGCCAUGGCCCCGUGCCAAUGUGACCAGGUCACCACGCCGAGGUGGCCCAGUCGCUGAGCCCUGGUGGCCUCAUCAGUACAGCAAGGUGGCCUUGUCAGCAGGCUGCUGUGCGCGGGUGGGCCGGUGACCACUGCAACGUCCCCAUGUGUGGGGACCCCGUGUUCCUGUGGGGUUCCGGCAUUACUGCUCUGUGUCACAAACAGCUGAAAUAAAUCCAAAACUGUA